AUGGCGGCUCCACAAUGGCGGACGAUUUAUGUGAUUACGAUCCGAUUCUAUUUAAAAUUGCAGGGGGUUUUCGGGGUCGGAGAUUAUGAUACCAGAAUUGGUAAAUUCAAGAUAACGGAUCCAAUAUGGCUAACGAGUCCUGGUUAUACUAGACAGUAUAAUGCGGCGGAAAAGACUGAACGACCACGUUCCAAUGAACCUGAAUCUAUUUCGUCAAGCCCAAAACACAUCGAUGUGAACACACAGGAAUAUUCCAGCGAUAUUGUAGGGUUAAAGCCCUCAUCAAUUACGUAUGAAACAUUGCUGGCCAACCAAAAUGUAAUGCUUCAAAAUCAAGGUACAAUAAUGCAACAGCUAGCCAACUUCAAGGUCAUCUUCCAAAGACUCGCAAAAGAUAACGAGAGACUCAGGAAGACUUCGACCACGUCCACAGUGACCAAUACAACGUAUUCAUUGGAUGGAAUCAAGCCCAUCGAUUCUUUGUUAGAACUGGUCGAAUUCGAAGAAAAAUUGAGCGACAAAAGCUACUUCGAAGCAUUGAGAGAAAAACUGGCUGUUAUUUGCGACCGAAGAGGCAAUGGAACUGAUCUCUGCUACAUACUCGUAGACAAAUUUUUCACGCGGAAAUUCAUGAUUCAGUGCUCUUGGGCAGGAGGGUACCUGUCGCAGAAGUGCCUGCGUAUACCACAGAUUGAGAGGUAUCCAAACCGAAGAAUUCCGAAUCAUAAAACUUUUGCCCGAAUUGAGAGACGUCUUCGAGAAACAGGGAUGUUGAAACCCGUCAAAGUUGACGCUGGAAGACGCCGAGUCCAAAGACCUAAUAGGGAAGAAGCUGUUCUUGAAUUAAUCAAUGACAAUCCCGAGAUGAGUUCCAGAUCUGUGCAGCGACAAACAGGAAUUCCAAAAAACACUAUGAGUCUUGUUCCACAUGUUGUGUCAUGGCGAACCUGCACAAUGAGCAUGUAUAUGCUGAUGAAAACCCACAUGCCAUUAAAGCUAGAAACUAUCAACGAGAAUUUGAAAUUAAUGUUUGGAUCGGAUUUAUCGAAACAUUUUUGGUUGGGCCGAUCCGAUUGCCACAUCUCCUUGAUGGUGCUAGUUACCUUCACUUUCUUCAAGAAAUUUUGCCAGAUUUAUAAGAGGACUUGCCCCUCAAUGUUCGUCGAAACAUGUGUACCACCUCAUUUUGCACGUGCAAACAGAAAGAGACCAAAAAGGUUGAUGUAUGAUAGAGAUGCAGCAAAUAUGAAUAGGGAUAAUGAAAUGGAGAGUAUGCUGCAUGAGUCCGAAGACGAUGUAGGAGACAUAGAAGAUUCUGUCGAUAAUGUAGAUAAUUAA